AUGGGCCACGGACCAGCGCCAUUCGGCCCCCCUCCACCUCCUUCCCAUGGUCACGGCCACGGACAUGGACAUGGACAUCCCCACGGGCCACCACCACCACCACCUCCACCUCCUCACGCGGCACAUGGCCAGCACACACAGGGCCAAGCCGUGCCCAUUCUAGCCAUCAUCUUCGGCUCCAUCGUCCUCAUCGUCCUCAUCAUCAACGUCUUCAAGUUCGCCCAGUUCUACCUCGAGCACCACGCCACGCACAGCCAGGACGAGAAGCAGGCCAAGCCCUGCAACGGCAAUUGCCAAUGCCAGGGCCUGGCCCCCAACCCCAAGCAGCGGCCGGGUGUUGACCCCCCGCCCUACUCGAACAACAACGAGCUCGAGGAGAGGAGAAGGCUCAUGGACGAGGACGGGAGCAACUAUGUCCCUUGA